AGUACAGGUCCAAAAACACUAUAAGAGACGCAUGCAGCGUUGUAGAAUGUAUAGCGAAAAUUACAAGAAUUUUUAGCGCCGAUCGCGGUUCUUUAUCAAAUCUGGCAAAAUGAGCGAGAAGGGGAGCAAUGGUCAGGCACAACAGGGAUUUGACGCAAAGAGAAAUGGCUUGAAAGUUUGCUCAAAUUGCAAUCAGUCUUGUGGCUUAAGGACUAUCAAGUGCAAGUCAUGUGGCUCCGCCUUUAAAAGAAAGCAAAAGAACUGGGACGAAAUUUCCGAUCAUGCAGCAACUAUGAAAGACUCCUAUAUAAAGGAAAAACUUUACGAAAGAAUGGACCAACUAGCAACAAAACCUGGGUGGACUGGAGUCCUCUUCCUCAUUCACGACAGCAACCCAACAAGUAAGCAAGGCAGAGUUUAUGCUCAUUCAUAUGCCACAAAAGGUGCCGGUGAGAAAAUAGAGGAGGCGAUAAAAGAUAAGGUCUUUAAAGCAAUGAAGGCCUUUCCUAUUGGUUCAACAACUUCAUCUGCAUCGGCCAGUCAUCUAUCUGCUGCUCAGUCUGACCCAGACGACCAGACAUCCCCACCAAUCUCAUCUCCUGCUCUAGCAAAUCCGGACGACCGGACAUUGCCAUCAACCUCAUCCACUGCUCUAACCAAUCUAGAUGACCAGACAUUCCAAGCAAAUGUUGAAUUAAGUCAACCUGUUACUACCUUAUCUGCCACUAAUCCAUUGAUGGCAGAUAUAUUAGAAACAUCCCAAACCUCCUUGAAAGAAUCUGAGCCAAAUCUUCAAUCAUCUCUUUUGCCAACAACUGCACUCACAACCACUGUUACCGGUCGAACAUCUCUGCCAGUUUCGUCAGCACCUCAGCAUCCAGCAGCUGCAAGUUCAAAGCGCCGUACUGGAAAGGUUGUAACAGUUGGGAAGAAAAGUUUUUUUGUUUUAGACACCUGAUAACUAGAUGUAUACAGGACAUUCUUCUUUGCAACAUCUAAAUUUAUUUCCAAAAGUGUAUAACGUUUUUUUCUGUUCUCAAGUUUCAAGUUUCAAGUAUAGAGAAACGUAUUCUUGCAGGAUUUUUUUCAUUUUUUAUAAUUAGGGCCAAUAGAUUCAAUGAAAUGUCUUUAAAAAUAAGCUUUAUAAUAGUCUAAGUAUAAUACAAUUUUGUUUAUUCAUUGUACAUAGUAUUUUUUCAUGUAACCUUUUCAAAUGAUAUAAAUGAUUUGAAGACAAUUUUUUUAGAAAAUUGACUAUAUAUUGCGCUUCCCUUAAGUCACUCCCCUGUUUGGUUGUUGAAUAAUUUCAAUAGGAUUUCAAAUUGCUCUUGACUGAAAAGUUGAUACAGUAAAGCGUUUUAAUAUGCAAAUAAUACCUUUUUUACUGUAGCCCGCAUUUAACAGAGUAUUUUGAUUCUAAAAAACGACGUUCAAUGCUC